AUGGAAGAGCCUGAGCAGGAUAGCAGGGAGAGGUUGGCAGGUGGAAGGCAACAAGGCAUGAACCCACGCUUGCCAACUGACCCACAUGAUGACAAGCCUGACACCACUAGUUUAGAACUGGUGCUUAAAGUAAGAAUUCAGAACUCCAAAGAAAACGACUUUAUUGAAAUUGAACUACACAGACAAGCACUGAGUUAUCAGAACUUACUACAAGUGAGCUGCUGUGAACUGGGGAUUCCCCCAGAACAAGUGGAGAAGAUGAGGAAGCUGCCAAACACACUGCUCAGAAAGGACAAAGACAUCCAAAGACUCCAGGACUUUCAGGAGAUAGAGCUCCUCUUGGUGAAGAGUGGAAAUUCUGAAUGGACCCAACACACAGCAUCACCUCUGACAGAGAGACCCUGCUACAACAGUAACGCUGCAAAAAUGACUUACUAG